AUGUGGACGAAAGCAAUAACUGAGGUGAAUGGACUUUGCCUCCCAAUUGAGGCCUCGCCCACCCUGCCAGCCCAAGAUUCCAAGAUCACUUCCACCUCCAACCUUCUACAUUCAACGCCUAUCAAAGACUCACAGGAUUUACAAUGGUCAGUUGAUCGCACAUACUCUCUUCUUUUCUUAAGAUGCUGUGCGUUCCAGCUUUACGCGACUGAAAACUGAUGGCAAUUAGAGCAAACGACAACCCGACGACCCGACGUCGUCCGCAGCAAAGCGUGGCAAGACAAACAAGGCAAAUCUCGUCGCCUCGUAAGUGAUAUCACCCAGGAUCCAUCGCUACAACGUCCUUGCUGAUGGCAUUGGUCCUAGGCUUCUCAACGACCCAGAAUACUCCGAUCUGGAGAUCCAUUGCCGCCGUGAGGUAUUCAAGGUUCAUCGAAACAUUGUCUGUCGACAGUCAAAGUUCUUGAAGGCGUGCAUCAAUGCUACUAGCGGCGGAUUCAAGGUAUACAGAAGUCGCGGUGGACAGACAAAGUGGAGAAGUGGAUAAUAAAUCAGGACCCAGGCUAACUCUUUAAAGGAAGCCCAGGAAGGAAUCAUUGAUCUGCCGGACGAUGAACCUCAUGUUGUGGAGCUCCUUGUCCAAUUCCUGUAUACAGAUGAUUAUGUUUACCAAGCACAAUGUCUCCAAAAUUCAGAAGAUCCUGCUCCGAAAACAGAGGAAUCACACGCAUCUGUCGAGAAAGUCAUAAAUGAUAAGGUCCAAGAGGAAGCCGCACAACAUGCAGAAUCGGAGGAGAAGGAGGAGGAAGACGAUGAGAAAUAUUACGAAAUCCCCGAUCACGAGCUUACAGCCCACACAAAGGUUUACAUCAUCGCGGAUAAGUUCGAUAUCCCGGACUUGAAGAAUUUGGCCAGGGAGAAGUUCCGGGAAGCAUUGUCUGAGGACCAACUCGACAUCUUCACUUCCGUGUUUAGUUGGGUAAACUACAACACACACGAGAAUGAUAAUGGACUCCGACAGCUCUGUAUGGACUUUGCCACUAAAAACUUCAAACUUCUCAUGGACAGAGGCGAAUGGUUUACAUUUUGUGAACAGGAUGGAAAGUUCACGGCUGCGCUCCUGAGGCAAAUAGCCCAUACUUCUAAGGCCCAUGUUGUAUCGACUGAAAACACAGCUGUUGCUUCAUCCACGGCGGGAGCAAGUCUGUCAGUUCCAAAUUGUCCCCUAUGCAAGUCUGGCUGGGAUGUUUCUUUGAGUACUCGAGGACAGCAGGCUAAGCACGGGUUCAAAUUCCGGUGCUACAAGUGUCGUCACAAUUUCCAAGACUAA